UCCAUUGUUUUCGAACCAAUACCACCAGACGGAGGAAAUUCACCACCGGAGCUCCGGAGCCCUAGCCGGCCGGCCAAGAUGUUCCCGCAAUUCGGCGCGACGGCGGAGACUCUGAGCAAGGCCUCAACAAUGGUGUUCCGGAUCGGUACGGACGCCCACCUCUACGACGAUCCCGACGACGUCAACAUCGCUCCUCUCCUCGACAGCAAGUUCGACUCCGAGAAGUGUGAGGCUCUCAAGCGCCUCCUCGCUCUCAUCGCCCAGGGCUUCGACGUCUCCAAUUUCUUCCCUCAGGUUGUUAAAAACGUGGCGUCACAGUCGUUAGAAGUGAAGAAGCUGGUUUACUUGUACUUGUUACAUUAUGCUGAAAAGCGCCCCAAUGAAGCAUUGUUGUCGAUUAAUUGUUUCCAGAAGGAUCUUGGGGAUCAAAACCCGUUGGUCAGAGCCUGGGCGCUUCGAACAAUGGCGGGAAUCCGAUUGCACGUCAUUGCGCCUAUUGUUCUUGUUGCUGUUGGUAAAUGUGCAAGAGAUCCAUCUGUGUACGUCCGAAAAUGUGCAGCAAAUGCUCUUCCCAAGCUGCAUGAUUUGCGCCUAGAGGAAAAUGCAACGGCGAUUGAAGAGAUUGUAGGAAUACUAUUAAGUGAUCGUUCCCCCAGUGUGGUUGGAGCAGCAGCUGCAGCAUUUGCUUCUGUUUGUCCAAAUAAUUUGCCUCUGAUUGGAAGAAACUUUCAAAGACUAUGCGAAAUUCUUCCUGAUGUUGAAGAAUGGGGUCAGAUAAUUUUAAUCGGCAGCCUUCUACGCUACACAGUUGCAAGGCAUGGACUUGUACGGGAAUCAAUUAUGUUUUCUUUGCACCAUACGGAAAGUAAUAAAUCAGAAAAGUGCAGCUCAGAAUCAGAUAUGAAGUUCGCAUUGGUGGAAGAUAAUGGUGACAUGGGCUGGAAUUAUGAGUCUGAAUUAUCACAGAUGGUCAUGCAACGCUACAUUGAAGGACACGAUGUGUAUUUAUCUAGGUCAAGUUUCACAAAUAAUGGUCCUUCGGAAUUUAAAGGGGAAUAUUUUACAUCUAGCAGAAGUAAUGAAGAUGUCAAGAUCCUGCUGCAGUGUACGUCGCCAUUGUUAUGGAGCAACAACAGUGCAGUCUUACUAGCAGCUGCAGGGGUGCACUGGAUUAUGGCUCCAAGGGAGGAUGUUAAACGAAUUGUUAAACCACUAUUGUUUGUCCUAAGAUCCUCUAAUGCCUCAAAAUAUGUGGUCCUCUGCAACAUUCAAGUGUUUGCAAAAGCAAUGCCUUCUCUCUUUGCUCCUUACUUUGAAGACUUCUUCAUAUGCUCUUCAGAUUCCUAUCCUAUAAAAGCUUUGAAGCUGGAUAUACUGGCUUCCAUUGCUACAGAUUCUUCAUUUUCAUUAAUAUUCAAAGAGUUUCAGGAUUAUAUUCGCAACCCUGACAGGAGAUUUGCUGCUGACACCGUUGCUGCAAUUGGUAUCUGUGUGAAACGACUUCCAAAGAUGGCAAGUACGUGCUUGGCAGGGCUAUUGGCUUUGACUAAACAAGAAUUUUUUACUAGUGACGCUGGAUCAAUGGAUGGAGAAGCGGAUGUUUUGAUUCAAGCAAUAUUUUCUAUUAAAUCAAUCAUUAUGCAAGAUCCGCUCAGCCAUGAGAAAGUCAUUAUUCAGUUGGUUCGUAGUUUGGAUUCAAUGAAGGUGCCUGCAGCUCGUGCAAUGAUCAUUUGGAUGGUAGGAGAAUACAACUCUCUGGGGGAGCUGAUACCAAGGAUGUUAACCACAGUCCUUAAAUAUCUCGCAUGGUGUUUUACUUCUGAAGCAUUAGAAACAAAACUUCAGAUUCUUAAUACCACUGUCAAGGUUUUAUUACACGCAAAAGGUGAAGACAUGUUGACAUUUGAAAGAAUUUUAAGCUAUUUGCUUGAACUGGCUGAAUGUGACUUGAACUAUGAUGUUCGUGACCGCGCUUGUUUUCUGAGGAAACUUCUGAAAUUCUAUUUAGAUUCACAAGAUGUAGAAGCAGAAACAGAUUAUCCACACCAAAAUAUGGACUCGUCACGUAUACUUGCAAAAUCCAUAUUUGGGGGACAAACAAAACCAUUGAUUCCUGAAUCCAGUAAUCAUCGGAUUUAUCUUCCUGGGUCUUUAUCACAGAUAGUACUUCAUGCUGCUCCACGUUAUGAACCUCUGCCAAAGCCUUGUAGCUUAAUCUGUGAAGGUCUGGAAAUGAAUGCAUCAGGGGAUCAAGCCGCUAGUUAUCCCGCAGAAUCUGAUGAUGUUGACUCAGUAAAUGGAUCGUUGGAUGAGGAAACUGCUUCUCAAUAUAGUUCUCAGCACUCUAGUACAGGUUCCAGUUCCAGUGGCUGCUACAGUAGUUAUGAAACUGGUUCCGCAAGAGAAGAUGGCGACAACGCUGAUCCUUUGAUUCAGUUAUCAGAUCCUGGCAAUGCUUACAAAGUGCAAAAUCAUACUUCUGAGACUGGUUCUGCUGAUUUUGGAGAACUGAUGUCAAAGAGUGCUCUAGAUUCGUGGUUGGAUGAUCAGCCUGGUUUGUCUAAUAUGAAUACUUUCGAACCAAGUCCAAUCCAUAAGUCUUUGGCAAGAAUCUCCAUUGGAGAUAUAAAAGACAAAAUAAAACGUAAAAGCUACGUGCUCUUGGAUCCAGUAAAUGGAAAUGGCCUAAAGGUGGACUAUCGCUUUUCGUCUGAGAUUUCAAGUAUCUCUCCUCUACUUGUUUGUGUUGAAGUUUCCUUCAAGAACUGUUCAAUGGAUCCUAUGUCCAGCAUAACUUUAGUUGACGAGGAAUCUAGCAAAGUCUUGGAUAAUGCAGAUCAAGCUCCAAGUAUGACAGAGAGCUCCAUAAUAUCUCAAGAUGAUCUGCCAACCUUGGUUUCUGAGGAAGAGAUCACUUCCCUGGAACCAGAUCAAACGACGACAAAAAUUUUCCAAGUUCGGUUGCAUCACCAUCUCUUGCCUCUAAAGCUGAUUUUGCACUGUAAUGGGAAGAGGCAUCCUGUUAAAUUAUGGCCUGAAAUUGGAUAUUUUAUAAAAGCUGUCCCCCUGGACCUAGACGCCUUCACAAGCAACGAGUCUCAUCUAAAAGGAAUGUUUGAAUGCACUAGGAGUUGCACCUUCAGCGACCACAUUGGGGAGUUAAAUAAGGACAAAGACGAGAGCUCAUUAGUAACAACAGACAAUCUCCUUGAAAUCUGCAGAAGACUGGCAUUGAAGAUGCUAAGCAAUGCAAACCUUUUCCUCGUAUCCGUGGAUAUGCCAAUUGCUACAAACCUUGACGAUGCAUCGGGUUUGUCCUUACGGUUCAGCAGCGAGAUCUUAAGCACCUCAAAGCUGUGCUUAAUCACAAUUACUGUCAAAGGUAAAUGCUGGGAACCACUGAACAUUUCCGUUAAAGUCAACUGUGAAGAAACCGUAUUUGGCUUAAAUUUAUUGAACAGGAUCGUGAAUUUUUUGGUUGAGCCCUCUUUUACCCAUUCAUAGUUAGCAAGAUGGUAGAUAGAACCGUGUAUUUUUAUGAUCGAUUCUGAAAAGAAAACAGGGAGAACAUGUAUGACUUGGUUGGUCCACAUGUGUGGUUGCUUUGUGUUGUUGUAAAUCCAAGAUCCUGAACAUUCAGA